CUUCAUGCCCAAAUAAGUAUAAAGCAGAGGCGGGGUUAAUGUAGUGCCGACUACGAGUCAGUCUAUUGGAGGAGAGAAGGAUGCUCUAUCUAUCUAUCACUGGAGUGGAAUCAGACACCUAUCCAUGAAAAAUAUCCCGUUAUGUCUAGAUGUCAUGGGAGAAAAACUUUUUCUCAGAUCCACACCUGAUUUACAAUUGACUAUGAGUUUCAACUCGGAUAUUUAAUUCACUAAGGACCUUGUAAGAUUUUCCACGGUGCCAAGGCGCUGACCGGUUCUUCUCCAAUCGCCUCGGCCAAAAACAUGAGUUUGUCUGAAUGGAGGCUGUGACGCAAAGCCGAGGAUGGCGCGUGCUUUCACUGUGCUUGAUAACGGUGGUCUCCAUGGCGACCUCAUACCAUCCAGCUCAAGACUGGUCGUUGUCGGAUUCCACCACAGCAAAGCAAUCUCUGAUGGAAUUGCCACAUGAAUUUACUUCACCAACCACCUUACUAUAUCCAUCCUUUGAAGCCUUGGGACAGUCGAAUGACCUCCAUAGGACAUUCUCUAUCUUGCCUAACAAUGAAUCACCCAAAGCCUCGAAGUACUACUACAGUCACACCACCAGCAGUGUAUAUGCCUCAGCAUUGAUGCCCCCUCCAAGCUUGAUUGAUGGCACCCAGCUGACACCACUAAAUGUCCCUUCAGCUGAGCUGGAUUCUUUUGCAGAACCACCAUUUGCACCACCUGAAUUACAGGCAGAAAGAAUUAGCAAUAAUGACACUACAUAUGGAACCCAAGAAAAACUUUCUAAUCAUUUAGUCCCUAGUCAUGACUUAAAUAUCCAAAAUGAUGCUACCUUAGAUGAUCAUCAGUUGUAUCCAAGUCAUGCUAUUUUUGGAAAUUAUUAUGUGACCUCAUCGUUCAUAGAACCGACUAUGGGUCCACCAGAGGUCUACUUCCCAGCCAACACUAUGGAUGCAGACUAUGGUUCUGGCUCUGGUGAUUAUUUGGAAACAAUGUCCUACAUGGGAUCUGAGGCAGAUGACUAUUCUUUGGUCACCAAUUUGCCCUCUGACAUGUACGACUUUGAGGACUCAAACUCUGAAUCUUAUGAUACAUCUUUUCCUUCAAGGGUAAUGAUUCCUUUGUCCACAAAAUACCCCUCUUCCAGUCCCUCCAAAACUGUCCCUGAUAGACAUGUUACCACAGAUCCUAACAUGGCCUUCAGUAUUAUCCAAAAUUCAACUAGUACUUUUCAUGUAACCAGUAGCAAAAUGACAGUUUCUCAAAGUGUAACCCCUACAUUAGCCAGCGUUCCUAACAGUAUUCCGAUCCAUAUAUCAUUUUCCAGCACUAUUCAUGUGGGUGUCCAAACCAUUCAUCCUACAGCGGUGCAUUCCAGAGCCUCUGCAGAUCAGAUUAACAUAGUCAGUGAAACUUCAGAGUCAUAUUCUAACUGGCCCGACGUUACCAUUGAGCCCAGUGAUGUUCUUCUUCCUGAUAUGAAUAGUCUGGAAUACUACAAUAUUCAGCUCACCAAGAGUAAUGAAAGCUGGACAGAACAACGGGGCAACCAGACCACUUCCAAAUAUUUUUCCCUCCCUCUAUCUGUAAGCACUAUCAGCACCUACACUGUUCCACCCAGUCACGUGGUAACAGCAAUGUAUGGAGAGGACUUGCAGCCCAUGGACAACACCUCCUGGCCUGAAGAAUCUUCUACAGACAUCUCAGGAUUAGAUUUGUCUAACACUACUAUCUUGGAUUUGUCAGACAUAAGACCUAGUCUAAUAAACAGUACGUUUCCAUUUUUGUACUCUUCAGCAUUAACACCUUCCAUGGACAUUUCAUCUUCCCUGUGGGAUCUGGCCAAAACACCUGACUGGAAUAACUCUGAAUCUGUUUCGUCUGCCGUAGUCAGCAGCACCUCCCCAUCAGUGUUUCUUCCACCCUCUGAUUCGGAGGAAACUGACGUCAUAUUCCCAACUUCUACAAACCCUUACUGGUCUAUGAACUCUACUUUGCCAGAGACCUCACUCCCUACUACUUCACUCAACAAUGAUGUGUUUACCCAGACACAUAAUCCCUCUGCAGCACCCACUGACUCAACCCUCAACAGCACUUCUGCCCUUCCUGUGACCGAUUUGGCUGACCAAGGGUUCACAGGAUCAGAGAGACCUUUCAGUGAAGUUACAGAUGAUGGAAUUGUAACAACAAUCAACAAGUCAGGAGUCUCUACCAUUUCAGUAUUAAACAAUGAGACAACUGUGACUACUCCAGGCCCAACAACUGAGGUGUUUAAUACUACAACUCUGACUACAACCCCUUCAGUGACAACCCAACCUUCUACUCUUCAGACUACCACUGUCCGAGAGUACCUCUGCAACAUUACCAAACCUGAUACCUACUUAGUGCGAGUUGGCUUUCCACUUGGCUCCACAGCUGGUUACGCCAAAGCAAAGGUCAGAGAGAUCCUCAAAGCUGAAUUCAAUCGAUCUGUUGAACUGCAGGUGGUGAAAUCCCCUCCAGACUUUGUGUUUCGGGCUGUGUCUGGUCCCGUUGUCUACACAGCCAUAUCAGUUAUGAACGCUCUGAGACGGUUUACAUACACGUCUAACACCAUUCUCAGUGUUUCCCCAAUCAGUCCUGUGCCAGGCCUGCAGUACCACCUCCACUCUGUGCUUCAGUUUUUGCCCGUACACAUAGACAUGCACGUGUGCACAUUCAUCGAACACAUCGAGAGAGGCCUGAUUUACGCUUUCUCCGAAGUGCGUCAUCGCUUAAAGGAGUCUACCGACUUUACUGUGCACAUAUUGAACAUCACCAUGAGCUCUGUGGGACCAACACAAAGGCAGCUUCAUGGCCCGGUUGAUAUUACCUUCGUGGUACGUGAUACUCAAGGGUACAUACUAGGGUCAGAGGUCAGCAGUCGCCUGAGACGUCUCAGCGUGGUGGAGUUUAGCUACUAUCUGGGAUACCCUGUUCAGCAGAUCGCAGAACCAUUUCACUACCCUGAGCUGAACACAACGCAGUUGCUUCGCUCUUCAUGGGUGAGAACAGUUUUGCUGGGUGUGCUGGAGCAUGAUGUGAGUGAUAGGAUUUUCCAAGCAAAGAUGGAGAGGAGAUUGGCCACCCUGCUUGGAGAGGGGCUUUCUGCAGGCCGACGCCUUAAAAGAGCCACCAGCGUGGGCAACAACAGCGUACAGAUUGUGCAGAUCACUCGCCUAGCAGAACCAGAUAACCCCCUGGAGAUGAUCUACUUUGUGGAAGGUGCUAAUGGUGAAAGGUUGCCUGCUGUCACCACCGCAAACCUGCUCAACAGGCUGGACGUACAGCAUGCGGCCAUCUUGCUGGGAUAUCGUAUCCAGGGAAUUCUGGCACAGCCUGUGGAGAAGCAGGUGUCAUUGCCAUCUGAAACAGAGAAUACUAACACAUGGAUCAUAGUAGGAGUAGUGGUGCCUGUGCUGGUGGUGAUGAUCAUCAUAAGCAUACUGUACUGGAAACUGUGUCGGACAGACAAACUGGAGUUUCAGCCAGACACCAUGAGCACUGUUCAGCAGAGGCAGAAGUCCACCACUUCAAUACAGAAAUCCAUGCCGUCACUCCAGAGGUUAAUGACCCCAGUCAAGAGUAAAAAGCCAUUAGUGGUAGAGAGUAGCGAGGAAGAGGAGGAGGAGGAAGAAGAAGAGGAAGAGGAGGAAAAUGCGAAAGAAGAGGAGGAGCUGCAGACUCCCAGUGUGAAGGGAUUUGACUUUGCCAAGCUGCACCUGGGCCAGCACAGUAAAGAUGACCUCAGAGUGAUCCAGGAACCACUACCAGCUCCAGCUAAAGAGCCGAGCGCCAACGAGAACACAGAAGCCUCCACACCCAAAUCUAAAGGCUCCUCAACCAAGGCCUCCCAUAACAGCCAGCACAGGAGGGGACAGAUCUCUCCUUCCGAUGGCGAUUCUCUGGGAAGCGAGCCAUUCAGUGAAAGGGACUCUCCGAAGGCGAACACGAGACAAACCGGACUGUCCAGUGAUCCCAAGCAACCUCGUAAGAUGGCCCCUAUUGGAUUAAACGGUCCUCCUCCACCGAGCGGUGCAGACGAUCAGGUAUCAUCAGCCUCCAUUUUUGAGCAUGUGGACCGGAUGUCCCGCUCAGCAGACGGCGCCAACAAGCGCUUCUCCAAUAAGAUCCAGCUGAUUGCCAUGCAGCCCAUGCCAGCUCUGCCCUUACCCUGCCCUACAGUCGACACCAAGACUGCCGACAACACCAAGAUGAACAAGGAGAUCCAGGUUGCUUUAAGGCAAAAGUCUGAGAUUGAGCACCAUCGCAAUAAGAUCCGUCUCAGGGCUAAGAGGAAGGGCCACUAUGACUUCCCUGCCAUGGAUGAUCUCAUGGACAGCCUGGGGGAUGCCAAAGAGCAGGACCGCAUAUACCAGAAGGCUCAAAUGCAGAUUGAUAAGAUCCUGGACGCGGAUAGCCGUGUACCUCCGCUCUACACUGAGCCAAAGAAAAGAGAAAAGCGUUCUCCUAAGCAGAGAAAGAAGCAGCAGAUGAACGGAGAUCUGGUGGACGCAGACAGAGACAGACUUAUCACCAAUGAGAGUGACGGCACAUACAAGAAAUACCCAGGAGUCAACAAUGUAGCAUAUGUGUCGGAUCCUGAUCAGGGUCCUGAAGCACAAAGUCCAUCCCCGACUGAUGACGUCUUUCUGAGCUCAAUGUCGCCCCCAGGAGCGCCUCCACCCUACCUGCCCCCUCAGCCCUCUAUAGAGGAGGCCCGGCAGCAAAUGCACUCGCUGCUUGAUGAUGCUUUUGCCCUGGUGUCCCCCACUUCACAGGCCUCCAAUGCGGGCAUCACGCUUCCUGGGCUGGGGGUCAGGAGUGAACACACAGCUCUUUCCAGCCCUCCAUCACGUGGCCCACGACCCUGCGGGCCUACGUACCCUGUGCUCAGCCCUUUCUCCGGUAGAUAUUCUGAUUUAGGCCUGUCACCUACAACAGUACAAGGCUUAAUGCACAGGCCGGGUUUGGGAUGUGUUUACCCUCAAGGGGAAGGUGUUGGUGGAGAGCAACUGCAAUCGGAGGGACUCUACAACAGCAGAGGGGGCUAUAUUGAUGAGCCGCCCUCUUCUGCCAGGCCUCGGCCAGUAGGGGGCACUACAGGUGCUCAGCUACACCCCAUGACACAGGUGAGUUUGUCAGGUCGUGUGAACGAGGGCAGGCAACCUGGUGCCUUAAACUGGGGGCCUUAUCAUGAAGAGGACUUCAGACCUGUGAACAGAGAUCCUGUUCUCAACUCUUUCGACUACCCCCUCGUCUCUGUGUUCCAGACCCCCAGGACCGGAAUGAGAGAGCCGUCUGCCCCCCCUGCCCACCUGGACUCAAUGGGCCUGGGUUUCUCUCCGUCUGCUCCUCCCGAGGAGUCUAUUCCUCCCAGCCAUUCCUCUGCCUCGCUCAUCAAAGCCAUCCGCGAGGAGUUGAUGCGCCUUUCCCAGACCCAAGCAGCCCCCGCAGGCUACCACAGCUGAGAGCUGCUUCCUCUUGACACUCGGCCAGCAAUACUGCACUGUACUUCCUAUGGAAGUGGUUUUUGAGUAGGAAGCCCAAAGAAGAAGUGUGCUAGAAAAUGAGGAACUUGUCUCUGACAUGACUACUACACUGGCAGCCAAAGUUUUACCUGAUGUCAGUGCUAAGUAUUAUAUCUGAGUGAAAGGACAUCACUUAGACCCUUUAAUAUCCACCUUGUGACCCCUUUUUAGCACAGAUGAACAAACAUGCACUGUAUAGCGAUUGUUACACAACACUGUCUUUAAUUCAGUACUGGUACUUUUUUUAGUAGCUGUUUAAUUGGUUUUUACACUGAAAGCGUUUACCUUACUUAACUGAGGUGUCAUGGCAGCCCAGAAUUCGUGGUAGCAAUUAACUGUUGUACUGUUUUUUUUUUUGCGAUGCCUGGGAUAAACAGCCAAAACCUCACCACCACCACACAUUCCUUAAGACUUUUGCUCCCAGAACUGGUGGAGUACUGUGUAUUUUCUUCACUACCUUUGCAUUAUAAUGCAAAUACUCUUUCACAGUCUUUCACAAAGCAUUUGAUUGAGUGAAAAGCAUAUGGUUUGCGCUUUGUUAUUUUUAACCAGCAGCUGUUGCUUUGCUGUGCACUAUUUUUUCUAGAUUUGUAGUAACAAUAGUAAUAGUUUUUUUCUUCUUAUAAGCUUCUGCUUUUCUCCAUCCUGCUGUGGUGCUACUGUUUUUUUUUUAUCAUUAUUAUUCAGUUGUUGUUUUUUGUCCACACAUAACCAUAAAAAAGAGCUUCUUUCCCAUUCCAAAAUCUCAGCAUAUAUGCAUGGACUUCUGAAUGCUUAAACCCCACAUAACAGUCCCUUCAGGAUUUUGUGAACAAAGUGGAGUAAAUUUCACAGUAUGCAAAGGAGCUUGCAAUUUUUUAAAAAAAUUUUUACUACAGGUUUUCUGCAGAUUCGCACCGAGACGUGCCGCAUGACGUCAUCAGAACACACGUUCAGCCAAAUCCCUAUUGGAUUCACGUGCUCCAAAGAUGAGUACAGUUAUCAUAGAAAAUUACAUAUCUGUUUUAACUGGUUAACUAACUCAAGUAGUUUUCGUGCACUAAGUGAAAUCCUGGAGGGACUGCACUGUUACAGUAUUGUCUAGAUAGUCAGUCUUUGCAGAGUAUAAGAUCUGCCGUUGCUUUGCUGUACAGCCUUUAUUUCACAUGGUUCUACCAUGCAUAUUAUAGUCUCAUUUUUCCAUUUUCACUACAAUAGUUUUACUAAUAUCUUGUCAAGUUUGCAAAACGUUACAGGCACGAUGUCGAAACUUACGUCCAGCUUUUAUCCGCAUUAUCUAUGCCGUAUUAUUCAGCAGCAUAAAUACGUCAGUAGAUCUGAUCUAAAAUCACCGUGAGGCCUGAUAAUGAUUGCAAAGAAAAGAUUGCUUGCCUUGAAAACUGUGUUUUUGUCUUGGCAGUAUUGCAAAUGCUCAAAUGAUGAGCCAUGAAACUCUUCACAUAGUAGCAAAUGGACAAGAACAUCGGGCCACACAGGCCACUGUAAUAGCAUCAGUGCACCUUCGCUUGAUUGUACAAGUCUCUGGAGUUGUACUGGGGAGAUUAACACCAAUCUUUCAGAAGAUAUUUGCUCAGUGGUGUUUUGGUGAUGGUGUUGAUCACUGUCAGACACAUAACGCCCAUAGAUGUUGGGAAAUCUUCAGGUCUGAAGACUUGACCAUACGACACGAUUUGCAUCUUUUUCAUCCUCAUCAGUCCAUUCAGUAAGCCUUUGUGGAUGGGGCGAGGGCGGAGUCAUCCUGGAAAAGACCACUCCCACCAGGUGAUCAGGUGGAAGAACUGAUUUCGGUGACUCUGUCUUUUAAGGGGACAAGUAGACCCUUACCACAGCAGCAAAAAAUAAAUGCCCCCAAAAGCAUAACAGAACUACAGGGUUUUCUUCCCCUUUAAUGCAUCCUCAUAUUUGUAUGUCCCAUAAGAGGAUGUAAGAAGAGAAACAUGAUACAGUACUUCUUAUAAUGUCUUAUUUGGUGUUAUUUAAGAUCUUAAUUCACAACUAUACACACUAUAACAUUUACAAUUCUUCCUGGUAAUUCUUUUUUGCUAUGAUGUUUACAUGACUUUUUUUUUUUAACUCAACCGACAACUCAGAGCAAGAAGAUGCUGUAUCAUGCUCACAGUUUUCACUUAGUGCAUUAUUAAUAGCUGAAUAGUAUUUUAUAAAAUAACACAUCUCCUGGAAGUCAUGGUCAAACAACAUCGAUUCCAAGUAGAACAAAAUGCAAGCAGACCUUUUGAGGACCAGAGUAUUUCCACACUUUAGUUUUGAGUAGUGUUACAAAUUUUCUUUCUUUCACAGAUGCAGCUCUUGAAACUUUCUACUGACGUUUCGCAAAACUAGCCGUAUAUUCCACUACAGUAUAUUUACUUUAUAUAUGAUUUUUGUUCCCCAUCAUGCCGUCAUUGAUAAACUGACUGUACAAUUCACCUUCUGUUGUAUUUGAAACACAUGUAUUAGUUGAGUACCUUAUUCAGCAGUGUUAAGUCUGAGAUCAGUUCCUUCUGUGGUACUAACCAUCAAAUCUUAUUUGAAUCUGUUUCGUGCUUGAACAAAAAGAAAGGAGAAAACUUAAAAAGAGUACAAAUCCUGUGUUAAAGUGGCGCUAUUUAAGUACUGUUUUGAAUGGUCAGUUUAUGAAAAAAAGUUUUGUUUCUGAAUUGUUUUAUUUGUUGGUUUUCUGCCUUGUAUUUUUGUUGAAUUGUUUGUUUCAAUGGAAUUCCCUUUUUAUCUGUAAUUAAGUUUCCUUAUUUAAAUAAAAUUGAAUUUUGUUCAUUUAAA